GUGUGUGUAGGGGGGGAGAUUGACAUUGUUAUACGCAUGUCUACGUAGUUCACGCUAUUUACAGGGAGGGGGCACUAGCGUAGGCAAACUCUGAGCUCCACUGACUAUCAAGGCUUGCUAAAUCACCGCUCUCUCUCCAAGGAAACAAAACAAUAUAGAAAUUGGGUUGACGGCGUGCAACAAGCAUAGACCCUCUCUCGACACGACAACGCGCUUUCCCGUGGAAUGAGCGUUCCAUGCAGCAUCCUAGGUAUGAAUGACGUGGCCUGGCAGGAGACAAGAGGUGGGAUGCUGCAUGCAAAUGGUGCUCCUGAGACCGGAGGUGUCAGAGUUCACGGUGGAGUUCCCCUGACCACAGUUGGGGCGGCAGGACAGGCUCCUGGAGUUCCACAUUUACAGGGCAUGGACAGGGUUGUUAACCCCACCCCAGGUACCCCGCAGCCUCCGCUGAGCGGUCGAUCUCAGGAUGAUGCCACAGUUGGAUACUUCUUUCAGCGGCAGCCUGGAGAGCAGCCUAGUGGUUGCACGCCCAGCAAGCAUCGUUGGCCAACUGGAGAUGCCAAUCAUGUUGAUCAGGUCCGUGCUGUGGAUGAAAUGAACUAUGACUUCCAAGCUCUUGCUUUGGAGUCAAGGGGCAUGGGAGAGCUUCUGCCAGCAAAAAAGCUCUGGGAUUCUGAUGAGCUGGCCAAGGAUGGAAGGAAAGGGAUGCUUCUUGGCGAGGAGUGGAGGGACAAUGCAUGGGGAUCAUCUCAUCAUUCAGUGUCUCAGCCAAUCAUGGUGCAGCGGCGACCAGGCCAGAGUUUCCAUGGGAAUGGUGAUGCCAAUUCUGUGCUUUCACCUCGCUCAGAAGGUGGAGGCCUGGGGGUGAGCAUGGUGGAGUACGUCCUGAGCUCCUCUCCCGGUGACAAGAUGGAUGGACGCUACAGGAAUGGUGGCUAUGGUGGAGCAGACGUUGACCAAGAUGGGAGAGAGAAGAAUGAUGCCCAAGAGAAAGUGUCCCCUUUCGAAGAGGACAAGAGCCCAGAGAUGAAGGUGGGAGAGGAGAGUGAUCCCACUAAAGCCAAUGGAAGAGGUCUACUAAACGGCAUGGACAGAGAUUGCAAAGACUUCAAUCCAACCCCUGGAAGUCGUCAAGCUUCCCCCACUGAAGCUGUGGAGCGGAUGGGUCCCAGUCAGACAGGUUUGGAGAUGAUGGGACAGCACCAGCACCCGCACCAGCACCAACACCAACACCACCCCCAUGCCCUCCAACAACACAACCCUGCCCAGAACAAGGCACCCACUGAGGACUUCCAGAACCAGGAGGCGCAGAACAUGGGCAUGGAGCAGCAAGCCGGUGUAGAGUCCCUCCAGUUCGACUAUGCGGGGAACCAGAUUCAGGUGGACUCCUCAGGGACUCCAGUUGGACUGUUUGACUAUAACUCUCAGCAGCAGUUGUUCCAGAGAUCUAAUCCCCUGACUGUUCAGCAGCUCACUGCAGCUCAGCAACAACAAUAUGCCCUGGCUGCAGCCCAGCAGCAGCAUCUCGCUGGCCUUGCUCCUGCGUUUGUGCCAAACCCUUACAUCAUUAAUGCUGGCCCCCCUGGAACCGAUCCCUACACUGCCGCUGGGCUGGCAGCAGCAGCCACGCUUGCAGGCCCCACAGUGGUUCCCCCACAGUACUAUGGCGUUCCUUGGGGUGUGUACCCGGCCAAUCUUUUCCAGCAACAGGCUGCAUCGACUGCCAAUCACUCAGCUAAUCAACAAGCAUCCAAUCAGGGACCAGGGCCAGGCCAGCCACAGGUGAUGCGCACAGGAUCCAACCAGCGACCUCUUACACCUGGACAAGGCCAACAGAGCCAGCAGGAAUCUCUAGCUGCAGCAGCUGCCGCAAACCCCGCAUUGGCGUACGCAGGAAUGUCUGGUUAUCAGGUGUUGGCCCCUGCAGCCUAUUACGACCAGACUGGGGCCCUCGUGAUGGGCCCAGGUGCCCGAACUGGUCUAGGUGGGCCAGUUCGUCUAGUCCAGACCCCUCUCCUCAUUAACCCUGCAGCAGCACAAGCUGCAGCUGCCGUAUCAGCAUCUGGCUCCGGUAACAACAUGUCUGGUCCUCCAGCCAACGGGCUGUACCGCUCCAUGCCUCAACCUCAACCCCAGCCGCAGCAGCAGCAGGCUCCCCCUCCCAGCAGCGGCCUGCCCUCCAGUUCAUUCUACGGCUCUGGAUCAGUCCCCAACACGUCUCAGAGCAGCUCCCUGUUCUCACACACCUCAGCUGCGCCACCACCAAGCUCCUCCCUGGGCUUCAGCAGUACUGGCGGCUCCCUUGGUGUUGGUCUGGGUUCUGCUCUGGGAGGCUUUGGCUCUUCAGUAUCCAGCUCUACCAGUAGCAGUGUUGCUCGCAGGGACUCCCUGUUGGCAAGUUCUGACAUAUACAAACGCGGUGGAAGCAGUUUAACUCCCAUCGGGCAGCCCUUUUACAACAGCUUGGGAUACUCCUCUUCACCCAGUCCUAUUGGCCUCACACCUGGACACUCUCCACUCACUCCUCCACCUUCUCUGCCCUCCUCUCAUGGAUCCUCUUCCAGCAUUCACCUAGGUGGCUUGACAAAUGGCAGUGGGCGUUACAUUUCUGCAGCGCCUGGAGCUGAGGCCAAGUACCGGAGCGCCGGCGGGACAUCCAGUCUCUUCAAUUCCAGCAGCCAGCUGUUCCCUCCGUCUCGGCCUCGCUACAGCCGCUCUGAUGUCAUGCCGUCUGGACGCAGCCGCCUACUGGAAGACUUCAGGAACAAUCGCUUCCCAAACCUCCAACUCCGUGACUUGCCGGGACACAUGGUGGAGUUCUCCCAAGACCAGCAUGGGUCCAGAUUCAUACAGCAGAAGCUCGAGAGGGCCACUCCUGCUGAGAGGCAGAUGGUGUUUGGAGAGAUCCUCCAAGCAGCAUACCAACUGAUGACUGAUGUAUUUGGGAAUUAUGUCAUCCAAAAGUUCUUUGAGUUUGGAAGUGCAGACCAGAAGCUGGCUUUGGCAACACGUAUCCGUGGACACGUGCUUCCCCUGGCUUUGCAGAUGUAUGGUUGCAGGGUCAUUCAGAAAGCCCUGGAGUCCAUUUCCUCAGACCAGCAGGUAAUUAGCGACAUUGUCCGUGAGCUGGAUGGCCAUGUGUUGAAGUGUGUCAAGGACCAGAAUGGCAACCAUGUGGUGCAGAAGUGUAUUGAGUGUGUCCAGCCCCAGGCCCUACAGUUCAUUAUUGAUGCCUUCCAGGGACAGGUGUUUGUGCUUUCCACACACCCCUAUGGCUGCAGAGUUAUUCAGAGGAUUUUGGAGCACUGCACCCAGGAGCAGACUCUGCCCAUCCUGGAAGAGCUGCAUCAGCACUCUGAACAGCUGGGCCAGAAAUAUCAAGGCGUAUCAUUGGAGAUGACACCCAAAACAUAUUAUACAGUGUCCCGUGAUGCACUGUUCAAGGAUCAGUACGGUAACUACGUCAUUCAGCAUGUUUUGGAGCACGGCAGACCAGAAGAUAAGAGCAAGAUAGUCGCAGAGGUUCGCGGAAAGGUUCUUGUCCUGAGCCAACACAAAUUUGCAAGUAACGUCGUGGAGAAGUGUGUGAUCCACUCUUCGCGUGCAGAGAGAGCUCUGCUGAUAGAUGAAGUGUGCUGCCAGAAAGACGGACCCCACAGCGCCCUCUACACCAUGAUGAAGGACCAGUACGCCAACUACGUUGUCCAAAGAAUGAUUGACAUGGCAGAACCUGCUCAGCGCAAAAUCAUCAUGCACAAGAUUCGGCCUCACAUUGCCACUUUACGCAAGUACACCUACGGGAAGCACAUUCUGGCCAAGCUAGAAAAGUACUACAUGAAGAGCGGAUCUGAACUAGGUCCAAUCGGGGGCCCCACGAACGGCCUCAUGUAGUCAAGUCACGUCGACAUCCUGGGUCCUCAGAAGUUGGAGCAGUAGGAACCCCAAACCUCCCCCCCCCUUGUUCUGUGAGAGACGCUCCUUAGCCAUAGGGGUUAGUCUUUGACACCCUGUCGUCCCUUUUUUUUUUUUUUUUUUUUUUUUUAGAGGGGGGGGAUUACCAAAAAAGAGAGAAAAAGAAAAGACAAGUCAACUUCACCUAAGAACGCUGUGACAACUGACCCCUGCCACUCUGCCCUGGUGCAGGUCCCAAAUGUGGCCCCACCCCCGGGGGACGCACAGUCAGCAGGCCGAUACAUUUUUUUUUUUUUUUUUCUCCCUGGGUUAAGCACAAGCCCAUUGUUAAUGAUGUAAUUGAUGUAUUUGACUGGUUUUCAUAUUAUCUUGUACAUUUAGUUUUUUACCUUGUAAAUUCUCUGUAGAAAAAAAAAACACUUAAUACACAUUUGCUGAAAUUUACGAUUCCUACAAUUAACACCAGCAAGUGAUUUUAUAAGGCUAAACUGAGUGAUCCUUUAAAAACAAACCAAUUCCAUUUGUUUUUGUAACCAGACUUACUCUGUCAGCUGUUCUAAUGAAGUCUAGGCAAUUGAAUAUUAUAUUUGUAUAUUAUCCCAUGCACAGUAAAAGUGUUUUCCCAUGCCAAAGCAGCUGAUGGAUUAGUUUUCAAAUAGCACUACAUAGUGUGGAUGGAUUAUAAACCCCUCCGUCCACAGGUGGAUACUAUGUGUCACGUGCCACAGUCACCCAGAGGUCUUCAAGACCGGUUUGCAGGCUUGGCUUUGGGGAUUGGUGCUUCAGUCUAAGGGUAGUGUUUUUGUUUUGUUUUUUCCCAGCGAUGGCUUUUUUUUUUUUUUUUCCUUGCCUCCUUUUCUAGGAUAAGUGGGUGUAGGGGGAGGAGAAGGGGACAUGUGUUUACGCCAGCAGCUUGUAGUCUACAUGAUGUUUCGGUACUAAAUAUUACAGACUGACCAACUUGAGCUGCUGCAUCCACUGAGCCCCCUUUAUCUUUUUUUUUAAUUUAUAUAUAUUUUUUUUUUUUACGAGCCGUCUUUUCCUCAUCCAGGUGAUAACUCGGGGUUUAUGCAAGUUAUUAAAAAAAAAAAACAAAAGCUACCAUUUAACUUAUAGAUGCAGAGCAUGAGGUUUGGUUGUACAGCGGGAGUGUAACCUGGUAUAAUCUUAACAUGACAUGACCGUAGUUUGGGGGGGACUUUUUGUGGGGAUAGUGGGGUGGGAGCGGGCUAUGUGUUGGCAUGCUGUGACAGGUUUUAAUCCUUGGAAUGAAUUUAUAAUUUUUUUUCUUUAUCAUGUUUUGUGUAACAUCUUUAUCUGUCUUGUAGUUUUGAGAUGAACACUGCCCUAGAAAACGGUAUCUUUAUGUACUGAAUAAUCAUCUCUUGCGUAGAAGUAGUUUAGCGAUGUAUAGCAUCUUUAUGUAUGAGUAAAUUGUUGCUUUUUUGGGUAGGGGGCUUGCAGCAAAGAUGGGACCCCCACCGCCUGAAGGUCAGUAGUCCAAAAAAAAAAUGUCGUGAAGUGGCGCUUCUCUCAGCUCGACGUCUGAGGUGAAAUGAACUAGAGCUAGUGGGAUAAGUUGAAAGAACCUUUUUUUUUUUUUUUUUUUUUUUAAUGGUUCUGUUUCUGUUUUUUAAAAGUUUCUUUUCAUUUGGUGGGUAUGCAAGUGCAUUGGUGGAGGCUGGUGGGUCCAUCGAAAGCUAUACAAUUCACCUGUAAUGCUCGUAGUGAUGGCUUCUUUGCUUCAUAUGAAUAAUUGUAGAUUACAUGUAGUAUAUGUGCAGUUAAUAAGUGUAAGAUUAUUAGUUUAAUUGAGAAAAAAAAUGUCUAGUCGUGGUGUUUGACAGGCCUUGCUCUAAAUUUGUAGUGAUGCUUUUAUUUCGUCUGUACAGUUGUACAUUUGUAAACGUUUAUGCUGUAAAUGGGAUGUCUUUUACACUUUUUUGGGGAGAAAAGGCAAAAAUGUGCAUUUUGAUGUGUGUAUAUUCAUCACUCCUUUCCCCUUGAAUAUAAUGUAUACAGUUUUAUUUGAUCAAGUGUUAUUUUAAAGGAAAAAAAAAAACUUUAUGGCUUCACAAUCUGGCAUGGUUUUUGUUUUUAAAUCCGCUACGGGAAAGGCCAGCCUCUAUUUGUACUGGAGCUGUAACAUCCACUGUUGAUAGUCUUUCUGAUGUGUGACAGUUUAAAAGAAAAAAAGAAAAAAAACACUCUGUACUAAAACUGAGGCUGCAUUUAGUCCUCUCUGCUACCAUGGAAACUUCACAGGAUAUGACAAGAAUUAUUUUUGUACAGAAGAGUGCUGUAUUUUGGAACAGCUACUACCUUGUAAGCAAAAGCAAUGUAAAAUAUUGUCAAUUAUAUAAAUAUGAACAUAUGAGUUUUGUCACACUGUCAAAGUCAUGUACAUUUUCAGGUGGCCUUAUGUACAUUUCCAGAUGUUAGAUGAAGAAAACAAACUCAUUUUUGGAAGCAGAAUUGUGACUAUGUAUGAUUAAACUGUUCUUCUAACAUUUGA